AUGACCAAAAAGUUCUAGGUGGAGGUUUAUUAUAUUUUCUUUUUUUUCCAUUUGCAUCUUCUUCUUAUCCAUUAUUAANAUUUAGAAAUAGAUUGCAUUAAAAAUUUCAAGUAUUAUUAUCCACAAUUUAACUCUGCUUGGUUAUUUAAAACAACAAAAAUUAACUUAAAAUUCUUUGAAUAGUGGAAGUAAUUAAGUCUUUUUCUAACGUUUCCUUACGAAUUUAUAAAGUAAUAAUUAAAGAUAAUAAUAUUUAAGGAAAUAUCGUCAGUAUAUCUUAAGAGAUAAUCAACUUGUAAGUCCAUAGAAAGAGGCAGAACAUCAUAAGAAAAAAAAGAGGGCAACUGCAUUAUAUUUUAAACCUGUCUAAGUGAAAUGA